CGAAUCCAUAAGCAGGAGGGAUAGUCGUAGAGAGAAGAUGCAAGACGGCGACGAUUUAAGCAUCGAGGAGCUCGCUUCCAAUCUUUCUACUUACAAGGAUCAGCUCCGCGAGAUUAGAAAACUAUCGUCUGAUGAUCCUGGAAACUCUGAAUAUGAAGAUAUGGAGAAGGAGCUUGAAGAGGUGCCAUGAGAUACUUCAAGGAUGAUAGCAUGUUCUUGGUUGCAUGAUGUUCAAGGGUUUCGUCGAGAAUUUUAGAUUCUCUUAACACCUUGAAAGGUGAGAAGGGUUAUUUGAUUAACAAUAGCUCUUGUUUGAAGAAUCGGGAGCUAUGGGCAAUCAUGACCUGAGAAGCAAAAGUUAUAUGUAAAAAAUUGCCUUGAUACAUCAUAUUUUUAUGUUGGUUCUUUGCAGGUUUUCUCUUUGAUGACAGAUGGCUUGUCUAGUACCUGCUUAAAUCUCCUGAUUUCGCAUGAUCAUACUGCUAUUCUAAGUUUGGAGUUUUAGUUCUUAAUUUGUAUUGUGCCACUGACAGAUUCAUGCUUUUUUUGGAUGAAGAUAAAUUACUUUGGAAAAUGCAGGUUAUUGCUUUGACAGAGGAGCUUCUGACAACUGCAAAGCCAACAGAUGCAUGUCAGCAUGACACUGAUGCAUCUUUCAGUGGCCAUUUUGGUGGAACAUCUCAUUCCAAGGCAUCAUUUGAACAUUCUCAACCACACGAAAGUUUUACUGUUGGUACCAAAGUUCAAGCAGUUUGGAGUGAAGAUGGGGAAUGGUACAAUGCAAUAAUUGAUGCUAUUACUCCUAAUGGAUAUUAUGUCUCCUAUGACGGGUGGGGAAACAAGGAGGAGGUGGAUCCUGCUAAUGUUAGGCCAGUAGAAGAGGGAGAUGCUUUAUUAGAAGCUGAGCGAGAAGCUGAAGCUACCAAACAAGCCAUUAAAAGAAAAAUUGCACAAGCUGCUAUUACUGAUUACCAAGCACGAACUUUACCUGCUAAACUCCGGAUUGAUCCCAAUGAUCCUGAAGAUAUUGUGAGUUACCUGCUCAUUGUAAUUUUAUGGAAAUUAGAACCGAGUAAUUUAAUAGGAUUGAUCCCGAAGAUAUUAAAGCUGCGAAACGCAAGAAAAUACAUGCAUUCAAGUCAAAGGUUCGAAGUGAACAGCUUGAAGUUGCACAAAAUAAGCGGCAGAACUCAUGGCAGCAAUUCCAAUCCACCAAAGGGAAGACCAAGAAGAUUGGAUUCUUCUCGGGUCGGAAGCGAGAAAGUAUAUUCAAGUCCCCCGAUGAUCCUAGUGGUAAGGUUGGUGUUACUGGCAGUGGAAAGGGACUGACAGAGUUCCAAAAAAGAGAGAAACACUUGCAUCUCAAAGGAGGCAUGGUGGAUGCAGAGGAAUAGGCAUCAUAGUAAUUAUCCAAAAGGAGGGUUCAAUUCGAUUAGAAAUCAUUGACGGGACAGCUUUAACUUAGCUCGAUGCUCAUCUUCACUGUAUUUCUCUGUUGCAUUUCAAAAGUAAAAUUACUAGAAAUAUAGGACAGCAUAAGCGCUGUUUGGAUAUGAAAACAUUCUAUGGUUUCCAUCCAUUUUAGAUUUGAUCCUUGAGUGGACUGACAUUUAUAUUCUUUGGUAGAAAGACUUGUUUAAUUCCUCUAAAAACUAAUGUUCUUGUAAAUUUAUUGUGUUUGUAAAUAUUAACAAAUGAUUUGGAUGAAUUAGAGGGUACAGAUAUUGUUAA